AGGCUCUUCAGUUUGAACCAGGAACUGUGGGCUGAUAAAAGCGGCUCAGCCAGUUUUUUUUUCAGAGCUUUUAAGAGGGUUGGGAGCGAACUAAGAGAACAGCAGAGACAUGGCAGAUCCAGCAGCAGUGGAGACUUGCACUAUGCCCAAACAGCAGAGCCUGUGUGAAGUCAGUCCAGGUAAUCUGAAAGCAGGUGAGCCUGCAGCUUGUGGUCAGUCUGUAAAGGAUGUCCAAAAGUGUCUUCAGAGUACUUCUGUCAAACCUGCUUCUGAGAAUGGUCUCAAGCAAAAUGGAGCAUCUACUGCUCCUCAGGACAAGACUAAAGAACAAAGUCAGAACCCAAAGACUGCGGAGGUCCUAGGAGAACAAGACAGUCUGAAGAAGUCUGAAGACCCCAAAAUCCCAGCAGAAAACAAGAUAGAGCCAGAAACACAGACAAACCAGGAGCCAAAACCAGAGGAAGUAACGGAGGAUCCAUUGGGCCCCGAUGAUGUGGUAUGUGACUCCUGCAUUGAAACCCCUUGCCGGGCCCUAAAGUCUUGCCUCACCUGUAUGGUGUCCUACUGCGAGCCGCACCUCAGGCCUCACUUGGAGAACCCAAAGUUUCAGAACCAUCGACUAGUGGAGCCGCUCAGGGACAUAGAGAGGCGUACCUGCGAGAGCCACAAGUGGCCCUUGGAGCUUUUCUGCUGCGCUGACAUCUGCUGCAUUUGUCAGGACUGUGUGAAAGAGGAGCAUAAAGGCCACAAGACAACUCCAGUGGGGGAGGCAAGGAGACGGAUAGAGAAGGAGCUGCGGGAGAAACAGACUGAGAUGGUGAAGAUGGUGACAGCAGGAGACAACGCCAUCAACAAACUCCAAGACAACAGAGUUUCUAUUGAGCAAUCGGUGACAAAGGUACGGACGGUGAUCGAGAGCCAGUUCCAGGAGCUUCAGGCCAUCGUGGAGAGGGCCAAGAAGGAGCUGACUGAGAUCCUGGAGAGCGAGGAGAGUCAGGCGCUGAAGCAGGCUGAUGGCAUCCAGGUUCACCUGGAGCAGCGGUCCACAGAGCUGAAGAAGACACAGGCCCAGACGGAGAAGCUAUCUAAAAAUAAAAAUGAUGUUGACUUCCUGCAGGAAUAUGCAGAGUGGAAGAAAGAAACCUCUGAUAACUCUCCAUCUGGCAUCUACAUCGGCCUGGAGGACCGUUUGGACUCCUUCAGCCACGUGAUCGAGGAGUCCACUAAGAAUCUUUGUGACAUGCUGGUGUCUACAUACAUUCAGAAGGUCAAGGAGAAGUGUAACAACGAUGAAAUAGGUAUAAAGAUAACAGUUCAAACAAAUACAGCUGCUAAACAUGACUCUUCUGCACCUAACCCGAAGACACGCGCUGACUUUCUCCAAUAUGCCGCCCAAGUCAGUUUCGAUGGUAACACAGCUCACAAGUUCCUCCGCUUAACUGAGGAGAACAAAAAGGUGACCAACACCACACCCUGGCAGCAUCCUUAUCCUGAUGUUCCCGAGCGCUUUGAGAACUGCCGCCAGGUCCUGGCUGCUGAAAGCUUCUACGUGGGUCGUCACUACUUUGAGGCCGACCUCACAGGCGAGGGGACGCAUGUCGGCCUCACGUACAAGAGCAUCGAUCGCAAGGGCGAGGAGAACAACAGCUGCAUCACAGGAAACAACUUCUCCUGGUGUCUCCAGUGGAAUGGGAGGAGCUUCUCAGCGUGGCACAACAACGAGGAGACACCUCUGAACGUGGGGAAGUUCACUCGAAUCGGUGUUUACGUUGACUACUCGCAAGGCCUUAUUUCUUUCUAUGGCGUAGACGAGACCAUGCCACUACUUCACCAGUACAAGACCCAGUUUCUAGAGCCUCUCUAUCCAGCUUUCUUUCUGCCAAAGAAGGAGAAUAUUGUACUUCUAGUGGCCCCUGGGGAACCGUUACCUCUGAAAAGCCCCUCUCCUCCCACUUCCCCAGCAGAUGGAGGCACUUCUCCACAAACAUAAAUAAAAUGGGCUUAAUAAACUGAGCUAAUGAUAUCUGAAAGGAAAAAUAUGUGAAAACUUUUGAAAUUUUAAACCUGAUUAUGUGUUUUGCAGGAAAAUGAUUUUGUUUCACGCAUGUUUAUGAAUUAUAUUUGUGGUUUUUGGGCUUACUGUUACAGGAUGUUUUCUGUUACUGUUCUGUAUUGAUAUAAAUAUUAUGCUUAUCCAUUUUGAAU